ACUUUGCUUCCAUGCAUGGAUUUCUCCUCCCAUCCAUUCACCAAACAGAGACAACAGAGAGGAAGACACAGAGAGUAGCUCAAAGGAACCAACCCAUCUCUCUCUCUCUCUCUCUCUCUCUAUACCAGCUCAAAGAGAGGCUGAUGCAGUCCCAUACUUCUGUUGGAUCUGCUCACACUCCCCAAGAAAGGAAGAGAAGCAGAUCGCAGUCGGAAGCAGAGAAUUGAAUGAGUUGGAGCGGGAUUCAGAUCUCAUCCCCCUGCAGACAAACCACUCCAUGAAGUUACCGGCGCGGGUAUCAGAGAUCCAGGGCGAGUUCUUGAAGCCCUCUGAGCUCCUCCAUUGACUCGUCCCGAUCUUGGUCAGUCACCUGCCCCUGUUCUGUCCUCCCUGUUUCUGUUUCAGAUGGAAGGAGAUCGGCUGCCGCCGCCGCCGUCAGCGGUGCACCGCUGCAAGUUCUGCAAGAAGAGCUUCCCGUGCGGGAGAUCUCUGGGUGGCCACAUGAGGUCCCACGGUAACCUGGCGAUCGUCGGGGACGGCGAUGAGCGGCCGCAGAGCUCGUAUGGCCUGAGAGAGAACCCCAAGAAGACUUGGAGGCUGUCGGAUUCUGGUGGCGGAGAUGGGGAGAAGUGCUGCGGGGAGUGUGGGAAGGAGUUUUUGUCUUGGAGAGCUCUGUUUGGGCACAUGAAGUGCCACUCCGGGAGGCCUAACCACGCUUCCGAGGCGGCGGUAGAAGAGCUCGAGAAGCAAUCCAAUUGCGAGGUCACGCCGAUCGCGGUGCCGAGGCGGCGGCGGCGGACGAGACGGACGCCUGCGGCGGCAUCUUGCUCCUUGUCGGGCUCCGAGCGUGACCGCGAGGACGAGGAUGGUGCCAUCAGUCUCAUGAUGCUCUCGAGAGAUGUCGGACGCUGGGGCAGCGGCGGCAGCGGCAGCAGCGAGUCCUCCGUCAAGAACUCGGUGGUGUUGGAGACCGGAGAUUUCGUCCUCGAUGGAACUGAGAGGAAGGGAUCCGAGUUGGACGAUGCGAACAGGAACGGGUUCAAGAAGAUGGAGUCCGACGCAUCCGAUGAUCACUUUGCUGGCGACGAUCUUGAUGAGCUCAAGAAGCCCAAGAUUUGCUCGUCUGACACAGAUGACUUCGACGGCUCCCGCGACGAAGCCAGGAAGGGCCGUCCUGAGAGAAACGAUCCGAAUUCUUUGUCUAUAGCUCCGAAGAACGAUCUUGAGGCCGUGAAGUGUUCUUCAAGCGGCAUUGAUGCUAAAUUGGAGACGGAUCAUGCGACCGAGAAGAGAAGUCGGUUCGAGUGCGCGGCCUGCAAGAAGACCUUCGGCUCCUACCAAGCUCUCGGAGGUCAUCGGGCGAGCUACAAGAGGACGAAGAAUUGUCCCGGGAGCAGGACCGACGGUAGCAAGAACAGCACGGCAACUGAGGAGUUGGUGGAUCGAGGUGAGGUCUCCGAAUCCAGCUUGGGGUGGUCGAGGAAGAGCAAGGAGCAUGAGUGCUUGAUAUGUGGGAAAGUCUUCAGCUCCGGCCAGGCUCUGGGUGGUCACAAGAGGCGUCACCUCGUCGCAACCUCUGAUGCUGCAGGCAAUGCUGCUUAUCAUAUACUGAUUCAGCAGCAGCAACAGCAACAGCAGCAGCCACAUGAGAUGUCAGAUUUGCUUGAUCUGAAUCUUCCGGCGACGGCGGCCGAUGGAGAUUCUAAUAGUACUAACGCUGGGAGCACCGAAUCGAAGUCAUGGUGGAUCGGGGAAAACCUCAAGCAUGAGACACUGGUCGGUGUGGUUUCCAACUGAGGAGAGAGGCCGAAGGGGUGUGUACAGAUUCUUCAGACAGUUUACGAGUCGCUGCUGCUGCAUUCUUUGUUCUUGGAUUUGUGGAUGAGGUAACAGCUUCACUUGCUUCUGAGAUUUCCAAGUUGCUCUUCCUCAAUGUUGUUAGGUAGAAUUACUGAUUGAUUGGUGUUCAACAUCACUUCAGGCAAGUUUGAUUCUUUCUUUUCAUUCUCAAAAUGUUGAUUUCUUACUUUAAAGGGAUCACAGGGAUUUUCUUUUUCCAAUAUUACAGUUUUUAUGAACAAUUUGAUUCAAUUAGGUGGAUGUAAAGGGGGUGUAAAAUGCUCCUGUUGGAGAUGCUUCAGUAGGUUGAUGCUUGAAUUCUGUGCCUAUGUCUUGUAAGCUGUGGUUCUUGCAAGACUUGUUCAUGCU